AUGGAUAGUAGUAGCUUGAUGAGCAGACAAGCUCAGCCGAUUGUUAGGAAAGGGAAGAAGAAGCAAGUAAAAGAUGAAACGGACAGAAUCAAACAAGCCGAGAAGAAAAAGAGACGUAUUGAGAAAGCCAUUGCUACUUCCGCAGCGAUCCGUGCUGAGCUAGAGAAGAAGAAGCAAAAGAAGAAGGAAGGACAGCAAGAAACUGCAGCAGAUGAAGAAAACUCGGCAGAUGCUGCAAAGAAGAAGCAGGAGAGAGAUGAACUCGAGCGUACCAAACAAGCAGAGAAGAAAAAGAUUCGUUUGGAGAAAUCCAUCGCUGCUUCUGCAGCUAUUAGGGCUGAGCUAGAGAAGAAGAAGAAGCUUAAAAAGCUAGAGGAACAGAGGAGAUUGGACGAGGAAGGUGCCGCCAUUGCAGAGGCUGUUGCUCUGCACGUCUUACUCGGCGAAGACUGUGAUGACUCGUAUCGAAUCAUGCUAAACCGAGAAACGGGCUUCAAGGCAUGGGAUUAUAAAUCCAACAGAUUCAAUGGUGGAGGAAACAGAUUGUUUCAUGAUCAUCGAUGCUUAAGCUAUGCGGUUCAUAGUAACUGGUCAGUGCCAUAUGAGACUUUUGCGUGGGGAUGGGAUAACAACAACAACAACAUGGGAGUAUCAUCAGCUGAUUUGAUUGCUGCUCAAGCUGUGUCGUCACUGCAGAUUUCUGAAAAUGCUGACAUGGACGCCAUUGUUUUCAAUGGGGAUAUGUUCUAA